AUGCCUCCAAACAGAAGCCCCCCAACCGCUGCUCCUACACCCUCCGCAUCCGCAUCUGGAUCUUCCACCCAACCCCCCGCGCCUCCCCCGCUCCCACUGCACCUCGAUCCCCCAGAGCAAGAAGAAGACAUCGGCGACUUGAGCCCAUACAUUGGUUUUCCCUCUUCUUCUACAACAGCAAGCACCGCCAGUCUCAGUUCAGCCGGGAGCGUGUCAACUGCCGGAAGCGCGAGGUGGAAAGGGGGGUUGGGUGGGAGCCGAGAAACAGAAACGCACGGACGCGGAUUCGGGUAUGGGUACGGGUACAGUGUGUUCGGAGAUGAGGAUGGAGAUGGAGAGGAGGCCGAGGGGUAUGUUCCGGGAGACGGAGAGACGCAGACGCCGCGGAGGGCAACGUUCGUGCCCCCUAAAACGACGACGACGGUGAUGAAAGAACAACACUCGCAGCAUUCACAAAAGCCGGUUCAGCACAACCCGUCUACAUCUACGCCGCCACCACCUCCGCGACACGAUGAGCAGCGGCACCCGCGCAAAAUGCAUACAGAGCUGCAGGCGCUCUCGUUAGACGUUGAUUCAGCUGCAGUAGUCAAAAUGCGGCGGUGGAUACUGGGCAUCGCAAUAGUGGAAUUCGACCUGGACACGGGCCCCGUUGUCGAUGGGGUGUAUCCGCCGCUGGCGCUGCUCCCCGCGGAGGCUGAGAAUAUCGCGUUCUGCGCGCUCCCUGAUUCGUUGCAAUUUGACCAGGGAUCGCAGACGCAUUCCUUCCGAGUGCGUGCCCAGGCAAGGAAUAAACCGGAGGAUACUACAAACCCAGACUCGUACCCACCGACAACGCUAGACGGUUUCAUAUACGGCUUUUCGCAUUUCGUGCAAAGGCGAGAUGCUAGUGCAAAGCGCGGGUACCACCAGCGCGCUGUUGUGAUUUUGACGCAGCACGCCUACCCGGCGUUGUUCACUGUGCUCGUGGCGCUCUUUGGCCCGCUAUUUGAGAAGCACGGGACGCCGAUGCUGGAGGCGGCGUGCCACAAUAUUGCGACAUGGCCACCCCCGCUACCUGGCACGACUCCUGAGCUCGGGUUCCUGGGUACCGUGCUCCCCGUCGAAAUCCCCCAUUCACAGGACGCCCAGCAGGUCGCGGAGACGUCGAGUUUCGGGGAAAGUCCGGCAGAGACAAGCCAGGCGGUGUGGUGGCUGAGGGAUUUGGUUCGACCUAUUCCCCUAGCAGGGGACAUCCGGCCAUACUUCACGAUGCAAGACGCGGACCACAGCCAGCUCGUGAACCGAUUACCGCCUAAACCGGGCCUGCUACUUGGUGUGACCAACCCAUUCUUCGAAAGGUCGUGUGCACACUGGCCGCACGUGCUGAGUUUGGGCAGGGAGAGGAGCACAUCUUCAACCUCUCCGAAGCAGAAAUCUCCAACGCUCGGUGCGCCUGCGGGACCGCCGCCCGGGUGGACUACAAAAACUCACAAAAGGUAUAUUUCGAAAGACCGGGCGCUGUUGAAGAAGCUGGAGGGGGUAUUCAAACGGGGCGGUGGAGGGAAUGGCGGGGGGAUGGUGGUGGGGGAAAGGGAAAGAAUCGAAGCAUCUCUAAUGCUUCGCAAACACUUUUGUACGCGCUCAAUGCAGCUUAUCACCCCGCUCGCGCGGUACCUUAACACACUCAUACCUUCACCUGACGAGGUGCACGGGCAUCGCGCAGCUGUAGCAGCUGGGCACGCACAUACACGUACCCAACAAAACCCCGCAUCCAAGCAACCACAAACGUGGAGCGCAGGAUCAGGGCUACGAUAUUUAGCGUCGACGGCCUCGUUACCUGCACCCGCCAGGGGUGGAACGUCGUCGCAGUCGCAGUCACCCUCGCCAUCGCUUUCGUCUACACCCUCCCCGGCCAACUCUACGGGGAGCUCGCCUGUCCCGAGUUUCAGGUCUGUCAAUCUGACGAGCAUGUCGAGUAGUAGCACGAGUACCACUCUCAAUGCGGCUACAGCUAACGCUAGAGCCGGUAUCUCUGCUUCUACUUCUUCUGCUUCUACUUCUGCGUCUGGGUCGGGUUCUGGAGCCAAUGCUAACGGCAAUGCAUUAAAAGCUGCGCCUACCCCCCUCCUGCGUCUCAAACCCUUCAACUCCGCAGCCUUCCUCGCCUCACUCAAGACUUACGGUGGAGGCGUUGGAGGUCUCGGAUCCGGGAUGGUAGGCAAAAGCGGAGGCGCGGGAGGCGCACUCGGCGGUGUAGGCUCAUUAUUACCAUUUAAAAGUGCAAGUAAACGAAUCGAAUUUUACGAACGAUGGCUUAAAUCCCCUGCGUUCGCGACGUGGCUUGCGCAGCAGGAGCAGAUUGUGUUGAAUGUGUUGAAUGAGCCUGCUCCGUCAGGCACAACUUCGAUUCCGGGUUCUUCUCGCGCUCCCAAGGCCAACUCAUCACAGCCAUAA